AUGAACAAUGCACCAUCUGAGAGCGAUCGACCAGGACGCCGGCUUUCGCGCUCUCUUCGAGGUCGUACCUACAGCCGGAAGCAUGAGCGGCGCGCCUCAGUCACUUCGUCAUCGGACUCUUCAUCGUCUCGCAGCAGGAGCAGAUCCUCGAGCUCGAGUGACAAGAGCAGGAAGGAGAGGAAGAGAUCGCAUCAUUUGAAGAAGAAGAAAAAGCAUCACAGCUCUGAAGACAAGAAGCUCAAACGUAAGUCCUCCGAGUCCAAAAAGAAACGAAAGAAGAAGGACAAAAGACGUCGCAGUAGACACGGACACGACGACAGCUCGUCGUCUUCGUCGUCGGACUCGGACACCGUCCGUAGCGCCAUUUCGGGCAAGAAAAUCAAGCGCAAACUGGAUCGUUCGGCCGCAGACGUGCAGAACCAAAAGAGUCGCCAACAGUUGCUACAGUUCUACAACGGUAUGUUUGACUAG